AUGGCUCGACGAAAUAGAAACCCAUUGCAUAACCCACUUCAUUAUGCGACCCCGCAACUUCGAGCGGGCGCGCCAGCGACCUUCUCUAGUGCCCAACGCGCCCUCUCUGGCUAUGACUAUGUGAUCGUGGGCGCCGGCGCCGCGGGCUGUGUCCUUGCCAGCAAGCUUUCCGAAGACAAAACCGUAUCCGUGCUUUUGCUCGAGGCAGGCGGAGACAACACUAAAGUACUAGAAUCCAAGGUGCCAGUUAUGUUUUCGAAGCUCUUCCAUACCGAGCAUGACUGGGAUUACUUUACUGUUGAGCAACCCGGGCUCGCUUCGCGGACGCUGUAUUGGCCCCGAGGGCGUAUAAUUGGAGGCUGUACUUCUCUUAACGCCAUGAUGUAUCACCAUUGCUCCAGGUCCGACUUCGACGAGUGGGCAACUGUGCAUGGGUGCAAACGAUGGGACUAUGAUGGCCUCUCCCCAUACUUACGAUGCAUGGAGAAGUUUACUCCCAACCCCGAUCGUCCUGCCAUUGACGCUCAACACCGUGGAUCCUCGGGAGAGUGGCAUACGGGUUACUCAUGGCUAUCCGAGAUAAUUGACGAAGGAUUUCUGCCUGCUUGUCAAGAGAUAGGAAUUCCUCCUCAGUCCGAUAUUAACUGUCCAGAUAGCCCGCUUGGUGUUACUCGGUUUCAAACAUUCAUCGAUUCGAAGGGUCAGCGUUCUUCGUUGGCUACGGCGUUUCUGCCACCAAGUGUAAUGCAACGGCCGAAUCUCUACGUUGCCUGCCAUGCCCAUGUCACGCGGGUGCUGUUUGACCGUUUAUCCACGCAGACUCCUCGAGCUAUUGGCGUCGAAUUUCAAACCAAACGGGGCGGGGAACGUUUUGAAGUCCAUGCCCGAAAAGAGGUCAUUCUCUCUGGUGGAGCGGUCAAUACUCCUCAGAUAUUAAUGCUAAGCGGAAUCGGACCGGCCGACGAGCUCAAUCGACAUGGGAUCCCCGUCCUCGUAGAUAAUGUCGCGGUAGGCCACAACUUGAAAGAUCACCUCUGCACCACGCCGGUGAUCUGCAAGGCGAAGGCAGGAAAAACGCUCGACUAUCUUGCAAGCGAUAUCAAGGCCCUGCCUGCUCUUUUCCAGUGGCUGCUCUUUGGAAGCGGGCCGCUCACCAGUAAUGUCGGCGAGGCCGCUGCGUUUAUCCGAUCAACCGACAAGAAGUUCGCCGGGUCCUUACGCAAUGUUCUAAAUGAUAACACCUCUGGUGGGGUUGGACCAGACUUGGAGAUCAUUGGAGCACCAUUAGCGUUCAUUCAUCACGGCGAAGAACGCCCAAUCGAUGGCAGUAACGUCUUCAGUAUUGUCCCAAUCAGUCUUCGUCCGCUGAGUAGUGGUACAAUUACGCUGCGUGGCAGGGACGCUUUUGACGCAGCAAUCAUCGACCCACGAUAUCUUUCUGACGAGGGCAACAAUGAUCAAAAUGUGCUCUUGGUGGGCUUACGAGUCUGUCUGAAAAUCAUCCGCAGCCCAGCUUUUCAACGGUUCCUUGAGGUCGUCCCAGCUAAUGACGAUGUCUCUUCUUAUUGGUGGCCAUACUCAAGCAGCAACGUCGACGAAAUCUCAGACGAAGAUCUUAUUCGUUUCAUGAAGGAGAAGGCUUUUACUCUCUAUCACCCGGUUGGCUCGGCACGUAUGGGGACCGCGCCCAGUAACAGCGUGGUGGACUUGGAUUGCCGCGUACAUGGUAUCAAGGGGCUUCGAAUUAUGGAUGCUAGUGUCUUCCCAGAGCAAAUAAGUGGACAUCCCACUGCUACUAUUGGGGCUAUGGCUUACAAGCUGAGCGAUAUGAUCAAGCAAGAUCACGCAAAUGAGCCACUGGCACACGCAAAUCUGUGA